CAAAUAGGGAAAAUCCCAAUAAUGGAGUGGCGGCGGAGGAGGUCGGUUUCGCGAGCUCGGACUGGUCAUAGUUGACGUUUUCAUUUUCUCAAAAUUGGAUGUAAAUUCUAUAAUUAGGGAGUGUGCGCCGAUAUCUCUAGCUCAAAGAAGCCCUGCACGGAUGCCUCAGAUGCUACACUUAAACGGGGGAUCCACCACUGGCACCAGGCAACAGUUUAUCAUUUCUGGUGGACUUGGAUGAGGAUGCUAAAGGACAUAUUUUUAAGAUAGCAUUGGUUGAGGAUAUUGCAAAACCGUAUUACUGUGAAAUAUCCUAUUUCGGACUCCACUUCUCUUUUCAAAGGAACGAUACAUUAUUAAUUACCAGUAUUAUACAUACAUGUAUCUAUUCAACAAUGGCUUGUAGGCUUGUAGGUUCGCAGGUUGAAUCUACAAUGAUAUGGUAGCCAAAAAUAAAUAAAUAAAGGCUAGUCAAUAAUAAUAAUUAAUCAACGUAUUUUAAUAUAAAGGAUUUGUUUUAUUAAUAGCUACACUCCUACCAAAUUUACAAUCACAGCUUUCACAAACGGAGAUGCGCAAAAAGUGAGUCAUUAAAAUAACGAAAAGAAAGCUACUGUAUAGUGGAAAACAUGUUGCCUUCACAAGAAGCCGCCAAGAUUUACCAUGAUAACUACAUGCGGAACUCCCGCGCCAUCGGGGUACUUUGGGCGAUAUUCACCAUAUGCUUUGCCAUCAUCAACGUGGUGGUCUUCAUUCAGCCCUACUGGAUCGGGGACAGUGUGAGCACGCCGCAGGUGGGUUACUUCGGCUUGUUUCACCAGUGCGUUGGAAGAGGACCGCACAACCGAGAGCUCACCUGCACGGGAAGCUUCGCCGAGUUCAGCUCCAUCCCCUCCGGCGCCUUCAAAGCGGCGUCGGUCUUCGUGUUUCUGUCCAUGUUGCUGAUUCUGAGCUGCAUCGCCUGCAUGGCGCUCUUCUUCUUCUGCAACACCGCUACCGUCUACAAGACUUGUGCCUGGAUGCAGCUCCUAUGUGCUGUAUGCCUGGUGUUGGGCUGUAUAAUCUUUCCAGAUGGCUGGGAUGCAGAGGUGGUGCGGGACCUGUGUGGGGAAGAGACGGGGAAGUAUACCCUGGGUAACUGCUCUGUCCGCUGGUCUUACAUCCUAGCUAUUAUCGGCAUCCUGGACGCCCUGAUCCUCUCCUUCCUUGCCUUCGUCCUGGGAAACAGACAGAACAACAUGUUCCUGGAGGAACGCAAGGCUGACAACAAUAAAGAUUUUGCUGUGUCUGGGAUUGAGGUCCGGGACAGAAGAAGCGACCCAAGGUAUGUUGGAGUCCAGCGGUUGUACUGAUGGGAUCUUUACCGUGGAUGACCACCUCUCCUCUACUCCCUGCCAUCCAGUCAUCCGGCUAUAUGUGCAGACCACAUGUAUAGAUGUAGGAUCUUAAUUUGAGCCAGUUUGCUCCAGUAGGAAAAUGUGAAUUAUUUUGUGGA